AUGCCUUGUCUGAUCCACGAGGCAGUGCCAUCGAGGCAGUGCGAUCGGCUGGGGAAGAAGCCCUGGCACCGAGAGAUGUCCUCUAGCAGCAAGGGACCCCUUCAGUGCAAGGACCCACCCAAACCCCACAUCAGAGUCCCCUUCCACAUAGUUCACCAUGGCAUCGAGUGCACACGGCCGGCCAAGCCCAUGGUCAGGAAGCCAGAGAUUACCCCCCACCCAAUACAUCCUGGUUUUAUCAACUUCAGCUAGGAGGGAUUAACACCUUUGAAAUGGUACCAGAGCCUCAUGAGACCCCAGCACCAGCUGAUGCAAAUCCCCAGCGCGCAUCCAGUUUCACCAGCAGCACCGCACCAACCCAGCCUGCCAAUGCCAGCUCAAACUGCACAAGCGCAGGCAGGUGAACAACCAAAGCUGCCCGAGCAGCCUCAGCAUCCCACAAUUCCCAGCCAACUGAUGCAGCCCCGGCACCUGGGGAAUCCCCACCUGCCCACAUACCCCAUGAACCCGCUUCCCCAUCUGCUCCUGGACAUUCCUCUGGAGCCAUGGUAG